AUGGAGGCGCUACUGUCUCUCGCGUUCGACAACAUUGCGUCCAAGGACACGCAGAAGAUCCGGAAGGGGCUCCGGCAGAUCGAGGGCAUGCUCGCACAGAUAUGUCUCUCCGGCAGCAAGUCGAAGCAGUCCACGCCAGGCCACCGACGGAACGCCUCGGCCAUCAACCUGGGCGAGCAGCAAGAGUCGACACCAAAGAAGCUGGGACAGUUGUCCGAGGACCCUGCUUUUAGGGAGUUCUUUCGGUUGCAGGAGGGGUUCGAGUGGAAUGUCGCAACACGAGUGGCAGACUGCCUCGAGCGUUUACUAGGCAUGGGGAGCAGCAAAGAUGGCCAGAACGACAUCCUCAUCCUCUCAUCGCUCUCGAACCUGCAGGGCCUCUUACUCCUGCACUCGCCAUCGCGAAUCAUCUUCGGCCGCGAGGUGUACAUGAACCUCAUCCUCGAUCUCCUCGACCCGUACAACUGCCCGGCAAUCCAGUCGCAAGCGCUCCUCGUUCUCGUCACCGCACUCCUCGCCACACCACAGAAUACUCGAACAUUCGAGCACAUGGAUGGAUUGCUGACCGUAACGAGCCUGUUCAAGGACGAAGAGACAACACAAAACGUCAAAGUCAAGCUCCUCGAAUUCUUGUACUUCUACCUCAUGCCCGAGACACCUGCCCCGAGUCUGCAGAGGAGUCCAAGCAAACUUGCCGCUGCGUUCGACCGGCGGACUAGCAGCGCAAACGGUGACGAUGGCGGCGGCGCAUCGAAGAAGAACACCCGGUCACAAGAGGAGAAGCAACAUCUUCUAGGCAAAUACCUGAGCAACGUCGACGCCCUAGUCGAAGACCUGCAGGAGAGCGCGCCCUUCACAGGCGUUGCCUGCCGAUGA